GCGGCGGCGGCGGCGGCGGGCGGCGGGCGGCGGCGGCCGCGACCAUGGCCCUGACGCUGUUCGAUGCUGAUGAAUAUGGGCCUCCCGUUUGGAAAUCCUACUUGUAUCAGCUACAACAGUUAGCCCCUCAUCCUCGGAGGAUUACCUGUACUUGUGAGGUAGAAAACAGACCAAAGUAUUAUGGAAAAGAGUUUCACGGCAUGAUCUCUCGAGAAGCAGCUGACCAGCCCUUGAGUGUGGCUGAGGGGAGUUACCUCAUUCGGGAGAGUCAGAGGCAGCCAGGAACCUACAUUUAGGCUUUAAGAUUUGGAAGUCAAACCAGAAACUUGAGGCUCUGCUACGAUGGAAAGCACUUUGUCGGGGAGAAACGCUUUGAGUCCAUCCACGAUCUGGUGACUGAUGGCUUGAUUACUCUCUAUAUUGAAACCAAGGCAGCAGAAUACAUUGCCAAGAUGACGAUAAACCCAAUCAAUGAGCACAUAGGAUACACAACCUUAAACAGAGAGCCAGCAUACAAAAAAACAUAUGGGAGUCCUGAAAGAGACAGAAGAUGAGAAAGAUGCUGCAGGUCAGGAUGGGGUGUCGGAGAAAAGGCCUUGGUCGCUGGUCUUUCGUAGUGCGGGUCCUGGGCAGAGCUCAACACGUGAAUGGGCGUGCCACAAAACCAAGACCUCUGGCAAAGCUCUUUUACUUGGUUUUGUCUGCCUGUGUGUCACCAUCAUCCUCGCCUUCCAGCUCACAGCCUUCACCUUCCAAGAGAACCUGGCAGCCACAGCACUCCUGCUGGUGCCGUUUGGAUAUGCAGUGCUCCCGUGGAUGUAUCUGCUAUCUGGAAUCUUCCCCAGUGCUGAUGUGGCCUUCAUCUCUUAUGUCUCCCUGAACUUCAUCUUUGGCCUCUGCACCCUGCUGAUGACCACCAUGCCCCGGCUGCUGGCCAUCAUCUCCAAAGCCCAGAAUUUGAAGAACGUCUAUGACACCCUGAAGUGGGUCUUCAUGAUUUUCCCCCAGUUCUGCCUUGGCCAAGGGCUGAUAGAACUCUGCUAUAAUCAAAUCAAGUAUGACCUGACCCACAGCUUUGGCAUUGAUUCCUACGUGAGCCCCUUUGAGAUGCAGUUCCUUGACUGGAUCUUUGUGGGAUUGGCCACACAGGGCACGAUCCUCUUCCUGCUGAGGGUGCUGCUGCAUGGGAACCUUCUGCAUUGGUUGGGGCUGGAGGUGCACAUGGAUGAGCACGGUGAGAUGAAUGAGGUGUUGGACUGUGGGAGAAUCCUCAGCCUCAGGCGCUGGUCUUCCACCUACCAGAAGGGCUUGAGGAGAUGCACCUGGGUGCACAACUGCUGGUGUCUGAGACAGGGAGCUCUGGACAAGCCCAGGAGGAGAGGAUCAUGGGAGCUUUGAUGCGAGCAGCUGUGGACAGAUCUUGGCAGCAGGUGUAGCCAUGGCGUGAUCCACUAGACAGGGAAAAAACCUUGGAGAAAAGCCCAGCACAGGCUAAGGGUCAGGGCCUUCACCCAGGAAAGGGCAAUCUAAUAUUCAGGCAGCAAAGUGUGGAAUUUGAUGGGUUUUUGCAAAUCAAACCCUCUCGUGCAAACCACUCUCAGAUCCAUAGAUAAAAUACUUUCUGCACCUUCCACACCUCUGCCACUCUCUGCCAGUCCAGCGAUCUCCCUGAGGAGUGGCUGUUCCUGUUUCACCUCCAUUGUGCGCUUUCAAACGCUAUGUAAGUGGUGCCAUACACUGCCCACUGCCAGUCCUCACAUUUUUCUCAUCAUCCCUGUGUGUGUGUAGGGUCAGCAAUGCUUCUGUCACACCAGGGAUGGUGCAUGUUGCGUGCCUGUCUCUCAGCUCUCUGGGAUGCUGAGGUUGAAGGUACCAGUGCAUGCCCAGUCUGGGUAGUGCAGGAAUUUAGUGAGACACUCAGUGCAAGAGGAGAUGGAAACCAAAAACGGGUCAGGGCUGCAGAUCAGGGUGUAGUUCUGCAUCGUGGCUUUAGGCUCCUUCCACAAUAGCAACAGAAAAUCAGGCAGAGAAAAAUAAGAGACCAUGGGACUACUAUGCCUGUGGGCUGGCAGUGGUUAUUUUACCCAUUGCUCUCCAUGGUACUGUGACCACAGUACUACUGUGUAAAGGCCCAGACACUCCCAUUAGACUAAUACUUACCCCGUGGUCUGCACCUGUUUGGUCCUUAAAGUAUUCCUGUACUACAAGUUACAGGGGAGGUGGAAAUGUACCUGACAGUUAAAAUACUGCAGAUGGAAAACCGCCAUGUAAUGUGCAGUCCAGAUUUAGAGGAAACCAGUUAGACCUCAAAAUAAAAUUUGCAUUCUUCUGGCAAACACAUACUGAAUAUUUGUAAGGCAUUGAAUAAAGUGGUGGUUAUGCAGUCUUCUGUGAAAUCCAACUUGUACUAUAAACUUCCACCAUGUUAUGGUCUGAGAACUGGUGGUCAACUCAAUGCCAGCUGGAUUACAUCAGCAUGCAUUGAGAGAAGAUGCUCCACCUGAGGAGGGUUGUCAGGAUAAAUAGAUGGAGAAGAAGAGAGGUGUGGAGAGGGAUUGAGGCAUGAAGGAGGCAUUGUGGGUUCUCUUACGAGUUGCUGUGUGAGCUGUUGGUUCUCCUGGAGAAGCUUUGGUCUUCACAUCGAGCAUUGCUUCCUGGCUCCGGAGGGGAAGACAUGUGCUGCCUGGUCUCCAGGAUGAACUCGUCACGCUGCUUCCUGGCAUGUACCCAACUGUGCUUGUCAUCAGAGGAGCUCGGGGCCUCCGUGUCACUGAGGACAGCUGAGGGGUUGGGUGAGUUAGGGACAGAAGAGGAGCUGCAGUCUGGUGGCUGCUGCUGAAUCUCCCAGGGGGUCAGGGGCUACAUAAGCAGCUCCUCCUACAGGGGCAUCUUUACAAAGGGGAAUUUAGAAGGGAAACCUCUGUUCUAGCUUCAGGCAGUCAGAGAGGUCCCCCCACCUCUGCUGAUUUCCAGUUGUCUUAAGGUCAAAAUGGCACAUGGACCAGAGAUGUGCACUUGGGCGUGGCUGGUGCUGAGCCCCCCCUUCCUGGUAGCUGACGGUGCUCCUGGGGAGUGAGACAAUGCAGGAGAGGCCAUGCAGAGGACUUUUGUGGAGGAGCCCGUGGAGCAGGGCUGGCCUUGGCCUGCGAGCUGGCAGCCCUCUGUGUCUUUUCAAAGCCACCAUGUGAGUGUGGCUUCUGCAGGCCGGGCGGGCAUCCUCAUCGGCUACUGUCCACAGUGGGAUGCCCUGGACGAGCUGCUGACCACGUGGGACCAUCUCCACUACUACUGCAGCCUCCGAGGAAUCCGGGAGGAGCACAUCCCUCAGGUAGGUAGUGCUCCAGGCUUCCAGAAAAAAGAAGGAAUGGAGGAAUGAAUGAGUGAAGCCACGGGAAUGCAAGGCGACUCCAAGCCACUCCUUCCUCUGUGGGGAGGAGCCGUGGCAUCACACAGACUCGCCAGAAGUAUGUUCCUGUGGCUUACACAGAGGAAACCUUAGUGUACCCCUGUUGGGCGCAGGCGCUUAACAUACUCCGCCCGAGACCAAGGGCCACGUCAGCUUCCGCAAUGCAUUAUGUCCCUCUCCAAACAAGCCUCUCCCCAACAACGUGUGAAGGGCACUUCGUGGCAGCCUGUGAUUGGUCAUGGCCUAAUAUAUAAGUCAGAGCCUGCGGCAAUAAAGCGGCAGUUACCUGUUACCAACAA